AUGUCUGGGAAAGAAGGGGCCGUGAAGAACGUCGAAAGACGGAGAAAUCUUCAGAAAACCAACCCGCAUGUGGUCGAGUCCAAAGAUGGCGAAGGUGGCGAGGCUACACGGGCUAGUGCAGGUAGCGUUAGCUCAGACAGCACUAAACCAUGCACGCAGGAGGACUUGAUUGCCGUAUCAAACAAAAUCACCGACAAGAUUGUGGCUGUGUUAGACAUGAAGAUAACGGAGGUCUCCAACAAGCUCGACACGAUUAAUGCUAAGCUAGAUGCCGAAUCUCUGCGUUUGGACGCAGCUGAGCAGCGCAUUGCUGUCACAGAGGAGAGCGUGGAGGAGCUGGAGACGCGGCUGGCGAAUGCAGAGAAGAAAUUGGCGCUAAUGGCUGGAAGACUGGACGACCAGGAGGCAAGAGGACGCAGAGACAACCUCAGGAUUUACGGGGUGAAAGAGGGAUUUGAAAAAGGGAAUGCUCUAUCCUUCUUUGAAACGUGGCUACCCAAGUUGCUCAACUUUGACGCCCCCAAAGGCCGUCUUGUGCUGGACAGAUGUCACCGGACGGGGGGUGCUGGUCACUUCGGAUCAGAUACUCCCAGGCCCGUGAUCAUGAAGCUACAUUAUCCGGCAGAUAAAAUGAGAGUGCUAUCACUGUGCGCGGGGCGCAAAUUGACAUGGGAAGGAGCUACAAUCACUAUACGUCAGGAUUUCCCUCAAAAUAUUGUCCAGCAAAGAAGAGCGUUCAACACCGUAUGCCAGAAGCUCAUCGCCAAAAACAUCAGGUUCCGGAUGAAGUACCCAGCGAUCCUCGCGUUUUCACUUAACAAGAAAGAGUACUCUUUUGAUAGCGCGGCUGCGGCUGGAGCCAUCGUAGACACUAUGGAGCAGGAGGCCUCCUGUGAGUAA